GCGUAAAAGCACUUGAUAAUUUUUUUUUUUUUUUUUAUUUAAUAUCGUUCCCUUAAUAUUUGCAUACUUCGAUGCAUUGAAUAGAAUUUCCAAUAACGACAGGGUUGACAAGAGAGAGGAAUGGCUUCUGAUUCCUUCUGUUAUGUACAGUACAGUAACUGGCCCAAAUACGGAGCAGAAGAAAAAGCCCAAUUGGCCAGCUAAGUACGACGUCGUCUUUCGUGUUUUAGAAAUUCCAUUUUGUCAGUGUGAGAACGACAGUGAAACAAUAACGCGGGUUCGUAUGCUUAACGUGCACAUAACAUAACAACCAUAAAAACCGAACUGGACUAUUCCUUGUCGGUGCCUGAGAAUUCAUCGUCCGGUGUGUUCCCUCUAUUCAAAUUUUAUACGUGUACAAGGCUCGCAUUGUAUCCAAUCCAUCGAUCUACAGAAGUUGAUGAAAAAUGAUGAUGGAUCUCCUACGGUCAGAGCCAAUGCAAUUGGUACAACUGAUUAUCCCUAUAGAAUCAGCUCAUCGCUCAAUCUCAUAUCUCGGUGACCUUGGCCUCUUCCAAUUCAAAGAUCUAAAUGCUGAGAAGAGUCCAUUCCAGCGGACGUAUGCUACUCAGAUUAAGAGAUGUGCAGAAAUGGCUCGAAAGCUACGAUUCUUUAGGGAAAACAUGACAAAGACUAGCUUGCUGCCAUCAACAAGGUCCGCCAGAGGCAUUGAUAUUAAUUUGGACAACUUGGAGGUUAAACUUGCUGAACUCGAAGCUGAGCUGAUAGAAAUAAACUCAAAUAACGAAAAGUUAGAGCGUACAUACAAUGAAUUACUAGAAUAUAAGCUUGUUCUGCAGAAGGCUGGCGAGCUUUUCCAUUCAGCUCAAAAGAGUGGUGCAGUUCAGCAAAGAGAACUUGAUGUACAUAAUAAUGGUGAAGGAUCCAUUGACAGUCCAUUAUUGUUAGAGCAAGAAAUGGUAACAGAUCCAUCAAAGCAAGUUAAGCUGGGUUAUAUCAGUGGCCUUGUACCAAGAGAAAAGUCAAUUGCUUUUGAAAGGAUUUUGUUCCGUGCAACUAGAGGCAAUGUGUUUUUGAAGCAAUCUGUGGUUGAAAAUUCUGUUGUUGAUCCUGUAUCUGGAGAGAAGGUUGAGAAAAAUGUAUUUGUUGUUUUCUAUUCCGGUGAAAGAGCAAAAAACAAAAUUCUUAAAAUAUGUGAAGCUUUUGGAGCAAAUCGUUAUCCAUUCAACGAGGACCUGAGCAAGCAAUAUCAGAUGAUGACAGAGGUGUCUGGACGACUUACAGAGCUAAAGACCACCAUAGAUGCUGGUUCAGCUCACAGAAGCAAUUUGUUACAGACAAUUGGGUUUGAAUUAGAGCAGUGGAAUCUUCUGGUGAAGAAGGAAAAAUCCAUUUACCACACUCUGAACAUGCUUAGCAUGGAUGUGACAAAGAAGUGUGUUGUUGCUGAAGGUUGGUGUCCUGUUUUUGCUUCGGAUCAGAUCCGAAACACAUUGCGACAGGCAACUGUAGACAGCAACUCACAAAUUGGAGCUAUAUUCCAGGUUUUGCAAACAAAGGAAUCACCACCAACCUAUUUUCUCACAAACAAAUUUACAUCUGCCUUCCAAGAAAUUGUAGAUGCGUACGGGAUUGCCAAGUACCAGGAAGCGAAUCCUGGUGUAUAUACAAUAAUCACUUUCCCUUUCCUUUUUGCCGUGAUGUUUGGUGAUUGGGGCCAUGGUAUUUGCUUGCUUUUGGCAACAUUAUACUUCAUUACUAGGGAAAAGAAAUUGUCCAGUCAGAAGCUUGGAGACAUCAUGGAAAUGACAUUCGGCGGCCGUUAUGUUAUUAUGAUGAUGGCAAUUUUUUCAAUCUAUACUGGAUUGAUAUACAAUGAAUUCUUCUCAGUGCCCUUUGAACUAUUUGGUCCUUCUGCAUAUGCCUGCCGUGACCAAUCAUGCAGGGAUGCUUAUACUGCUGGUUUAAUUAAGGUGCGUGCCACUUAUCCAUUUGGUGUUGAUCCCAAGUGGCAUGGUACCCGGAGUGAGUUACCAUUUCUUAACUCGUUAAAGAUGAAGAUGUCAAUUCUUUUAGGAGUGGCCCAAAUGAAUCUUGGGAUUGUCAUGAGCUACUUCAAUGCAAAGUUCUUUGGAGAUAAUUUAAAUGUCCGGUACCAAUUUGUUCCCCAGAUGAUUUUCUUGAACAGCUUAUUUGGCUAUCUUUCACUUCUCAUAAUUGUGAAAUGGUGCACCGGCUCACAAGCUGAUCUGUACCAUGUGAUGAUAUACAUGUUUUUGAGUCCUAUUGAUGAUUUAGGUGACAAUCAGCUUUUUGUUGGCCAGAAAUUCCUUCAGAUUUUGUUACUGAUAUUAGCCCUUGUUGCUGCGCCAUGGAUGCUAUUUCCAAAGCCUUUAUUAUUGAAGAAACAGCAUGAGGAAAGGCACCAAGGUCAAUCCUAUGCAUUGCUUGAAAGCACUGAAGACCCUCUUGAAAUGGAGCCUCAUUCUGAUUCUCAUAAACAUGAGGAAUUUGAGUUCAGCGAGGUCUUUGUUCACCAACUUAUACAUACAAUAGAGUUUGUGCUUGGAGCAGUAUCUAAUACAGCAUCCUAUCUACGUCUCUGGGCACUCAGUUUGGCCCAUUCAGAGUUAUCAAGUGUAUUCUAUGACAAGGUUCUACUUCUAGCCUGGGGGUUCAACAAUAUUGUUAUUCUUAUCAUUGGCAUAGUUGUUUUUGUAUGUGCGACUGUCGGUGUGCUUCUCGUGAUGGAAACUUUAAGUGCAUUCCUACAUGCCUUACGGCUUCACUGGGUAGAGUUCCAGAACAAGUUUUAUGAGGGAGAUGGGUACAAAUUUCACCCAUUUUCAUUUGUUUUACUUGGUGACGAGGAUGAAUGAUUAUUGAGAGCAUGGGUAAAGGCUAAAAGAAAGGAAACAUAAUUUGAUCAUGUAUAGCAUUUAUAGAAGUAUAGGAGAGUUACAAUUCUUGAAAUUGGAAUAAAGGGUACACGGAAGUUAAUGAAUUAGUGCCUCUCAAGUGGAAGAAAAGGCUAUUGCAAUACCGCGCCUCCUGUUGCUUCUUCUUUGUGAUUUCUGAGAUAAGAACUUCGCAGGUCUGGCAGCCAAUAUUGUGUAUAUUGGUUUUGAAUUGAAAGAGCAACUAGAAAACGGACAUAGAUGCUAGUUUUAUUGGCAUGCCAAUCAGUAGCUGCAGUAUCUGAAAUUUGGGUCUGCAAACGAGGCGCCUUCUAGAAUUGUCAGGUUCUUUGUCAGUAUAUUGACUGUAUCAUUCAUUAGUGAUUCUUAGGUAAUACAAGCUCCUUGAGCAAAUAUUUUCAGUGUAAAGCAGAAAAAAGAUUUCUGCAGUGUGAUCGUGUAGGAUAUCCUGUCUAAACGGGGAGUUUGAAUUAUAACACUCAAGAGCUUUCAAAACUUUAAA